AUGAAGUACUCUGCCAUCAUUCUUUCUGCCGGCCUCGUCGCCACCGCUGCCGCCAAGGAUGUGUCUGUCUGCAAAGGCACUGGAUUCACGGAGUGUAUUCCCAUCACCUCUGCCUGGACCUGCGACAACCUUGAAUCUAAAGACGGCCGUCCAUUUGUCUCUGGAAAGGUUACAUCAUGGGGAUCUUGCGACAUCUUUAGCAAGAGUGGCUGCACGGGUAUCUCCAACACUGUUGAUACUGACGGCUGGUCCAAGUUUCCUUUUGACGUCUUGUCUAUCCGUUGCUAA